AUGGACCAGACAGCUCGUAUCAAGUCACACAUGACCAGGGACCAUAACUUGGCUCUCCUUGACUACUUGGUGGUAUAUGGAAAGGUCAAUGCCAAUGCAAUAGAACCCGGUACUAUCAACAUGACAGACGUUAAUACCGAAUCUUUUACCAUUUGUUUCUACACCAGCAGUCCUCAGAAGGUCACUAUUCGGUGGAAGGAUGCUUGGGAGAGCGAAAACCUUCCAGUUGAUGACAUAUCGGAUGUCAAGCCAAAGUUAGUCUCAAUGGCCAAGUAUGCCGCUGCCAAGCAAGGAUAUGCCCACACCCAGAUCAACAAGACGGUCCCACCCACUCCAGCAAGCUACCCUAUGUACGUUUAUUUUGUGGUUGCUGGUUGGGCUGCUUUCGCACCCGCAAGUUUCCAGAAAUUCGUGGCCAACAAUUAUGUCUUGUCUCGUAUCGCUGCUUUGUUACCACUUACCUUUCGCAGCUACCUUUCUAAGAACAUUCGCAAAAUCUUCAUUGGCACCUACAUUGUUCACCUCUUUGAAAUUUUCACCUAUUCAAUCCCAACUUUUAUCAAGUACCGUGUGCCUGCAGCACAGAGAUUGCAAUGGACACUCAUGCAUUUUGUGGAAGGCUUUUUAGUGCCAUUGAGGCUCAAGAAGUUGAAGGAAGGCCAUUAG